CUCGCCGCGAAGGGUUCGAGCUCGGUUUCUUUCCAGGGAGAGCGGCGGCAGGGAAGAUGGUGGAGAAGGGCACCAAAUGGAGGAAGGAGGUGAUCACGAGGGAGUACACGAUCAAUCUCCAUAAACGUUUACAUGGAUGCACAUUCAAGAAGAAGGCUCCCAAGGCAAUCAAGGAGAUCAAAAAGUUUGCACAGAAGGCCAUGGGCACCACAGAUGUCAGGGUUGAUGUGAAGCUCAACAAGCACAUAUGGAGCAGAGGGAUCCGAAGCGUGCCAAGGCGAGUCCGGGUGAGAAUUGCUCGGAAAAGGAACGAUGAGGAGGAUGCCAAAGAAGAGCUAUUUUCUUUGGUCACAGUUGCCGAGGUCUCACAAGAGGGUUUCAAGGGAUUGGGCACCAAGGUUGUCGAUGAAGCAGACUAAGUUCCGAGUCAGCCAUCAUCCUUAAUUGAGAACUGUCAUUUCCCGGUCUAGUGUUUACUUGCCUUAAUUGGAGCAUCUAUUUUUAACCUUAGAAUACACACUGAUGGUUUAAAAUUGCUUUCUAGGACUGAUUUUUCCAAGAAAAAAAGAAAUAAUUUGUGGAUUUAUUAGUAGCUAA